AUGGACUCGGACUCUAGUCGGUCCCAUCCACCGCCUCAUUCGCACCACUCAACGAUGCGGUCGGACGGGUCAGUGCCGUCAACUUUCCGAUCGGAAGCUGUGGCACGUCACGCGGGACACGACGACCAAAGUGGUCCCAUGGGUUCGCCCCAUGCUGCAUACGGGAACCUGGACUCGCUCCCCACCGGUCCGACGCCAGCUGCCCUGCACGCUUCGUUCUCCCAAGUGGACGACACUGGCAGUGCAAUCCCAGCAGCUAAGCCAAAGAUUGCGCUCUUUGACGCGACUUCCGAGAGCUCAGCGUCCGACGGGUUCCGUCAACGAGCAGCUUUGCAAACGUGUUCCAUCAGCUGGCAGCACAUUUCGUACUUCAUUCAGUCGACGGACCACGCACGGGGCGGUCGGUCAUCCUUCUGUUCAACUACUCGGUCGUCGAAACGGACGUCGGAAACCUCUUCGCUCGAAGCGCAAUUCGAGCGGCACCAACCUCGGAAGAUCCUGAACAACGUCUGGGGUCGAUCAGGACCGGGCGAGUUGACAGCGAUUCUAGGCCCUUCAGGAGCGGGGAAAACCACGUUGCUUGAUAUGCUGGCAGACCGCGUCCUCGCUGGCGGAUCCGGGGUCCAUUUGGAAGGACUCGUGGAAGUGAAUGGCCAACCUCGAGACCUGUGCACGUUCCACUCGAUCAUGAACUACGUGUCGGAAGACAUGGCGUUCCUCGGAGCUUUCACGGUCCUUGAGACGUUGCAAAUAGGGGCGGGCUUGAGCUUACCGGGCCACAUGCCCCCGAUCCAGAGGGAAGCUCGAGUGCAAGACGUGAUUGAUGCAAUGGGGUUGAGGUCGUGUGCGAAUGCCAGAGUGGGCGACGUCUUUCAUAAAGGCAUCUCGUCCGGCCAGCGCAAGCGGUUGGGGAUCGCGCUGGAACUGCUCUCGGAUCCAGCUUUGCUGCUGCUGGAUGAACCCACGUCGGGGUUGGACUCGUCUUCGGCUCGAGGGGUGAUGCAAUACAUUGAACGGUUGUGUCAAGAAGGAGGCAAGAACGUCGUGUGCACGAUCCAUCAACCGUCUUCGUCUAUCUAUGGCAUGCUGACGAACCUCGUGAUCCUCAGUGACGGCGAGCUCAUCUACAGUGGCCCGACGAAUGCGGCGAUCGCUCACUUCUUUGCAAUGGGGUACGUGUGUCCAAUGUACACGAACCCAGCCGAGUACUUUGUGCACCUGGUGAACACCAACUUUCACGACGGGUUGAAGAUCGAGCCGUUCAUCCGUGCACUGAAGGAAAGUGCCGAGCCCCAACGGCUUCGCGCUGACGUUGUGCGGGACCGAUCACGUCGAGACCAGUUGACGAAUCCGGAGCUUUUGAAAGCCAUGCGGCCGUGGCCAAUGGACCAGUUUGUCGUCUUGCUCAAGCGGAACUUGACCAACAAUUGGCGACAUCCAGGGGUCUUCUGGCUGCGGGUCCUCAUGUACGUGUUGCUGUCGCUCAUGGUGGGCACCAUGUACUUGAGCUCCAAUUCCGGCAUCAAGGACGCGUCGAUUGUGCCGCUGCUGUUCUACGUGCAAGCUUUUCUCGUCUUCAUGUCCGUGGCAGCGCUUCCAGCUCUACUGGAACAUCGUGCAGUCAUGGAGCGAGAAAUGCGCUCGUACGCGUUGUCGUUGACGGGGUACACGCUCUCGAACCUAUUGGCUUCGCUGCCUGGUAUCCUCCUCAUUUCGGUCCUUGCGUCCGUCAUUGUGGUGUUUCUGGCUCAAGUGCAUUCCUUUGGGACGUUCCUGCUCAACUUGACCUUGUCGCUCAUUGCAGCCGAGUCUUUGAUGCAUUUGCUGGGUGCAGCUGUGCCCCAUUAUAUCAUGGGCAUUGCCCUGGGUGCUGGUCUCUUUGGCAUGUUCAUGCUCUGCGAAGGGUUCAUGGUGCCGUUCGACGAUAUGCCUGUGUACUGGAAGUGGGGCUACUACAUUGCGUUCCACACGUACUCGUUCGAGGCUUUCAUGUACGAACAUUUCUCCGCGGUCGAUACGGACGAAGCGUGGGACCUGCUCAAGUUCUACGGCAUGGACAAAGUGAACGUCUGGAAGGACAUGUGCAUUCUGGCUGGGUACUCGGUCGUCUUGCAGAUCCUCGUUAUCGGAGCGCUGUCUCUUCGAUUCAAUCGACACCGUCGCCGCUAG